AUGAUGAAGGAGUUCGAGAUGAGCGACCUUAGGCUACUUUCCUACUAUCUUGGUAUUGAGGUGGACCAGAGAGGUGAUUGCAUUUCGCUAAGGCAGGCAGCCUAUGUGAAGAAGGUCUUGGUUCAGUUCGAAAAGAUGGAUUGCAACCCGAUCCAGUAUCCCAUGGAGGCAAAGCUAAAGUUUGGAAAGGAUCCUGAAGGAAAACUGGUGGACGUGACAAAGUAUAGGUGCGUCAUUGGAUGCUUGAGGUAUAUAACUCACACCCGACCUGAUAUCUCUUAUGACGUAGGAAUUAUGAGUAGGUACAUGGAGCAGCCUAUAGUUGUGCAUCGUUAG